UUUUUUUUUUCAAAUAUUCAAUUAUAUUCAAUUGUAUUACAAUAAUGGAAACAAAUUCAACAAAUUUUGUUUCAAAAGAACCAGUUGACCACUUUAUAACUUUUUUUGAAACUAUUGGAAUUAUUGCUGACCCAUAUUUAACUCCUAUAGAAGUUACAAUAAAAUCAACAUUUAAAUCAUCAUUACCUUCUUUAUAUGAAAAUGUCUCGAAAUUUAUGGAAAAGAAUCAAUCACCUUUAUCAGCUCGUUUACCUUUAAUGAACCCUUUUCAUGUUUUAUUAAUUACUAUCGCGUAUUUAUUAACAAUAUAUUUUGGCAAAAUUUUUAUGUCACGUAGAGAAAAACUUAAUGUUAGAAUAUUAAGUAUUUUUCAUAAUCUUUUCUUGGUCUCUUUGAGUUCAUAUAUGUUUCUCACUAUUACUUUUGAAGCUUGGAAAAAUGGUUAUUCUUUAUUUGCUAAUCCUGAAGUAAGAUCAGAAGAAGGUUUUCAGAUGGCAAAAUAUGUUUGGUUAUUUUAUGUUUCAAAAAUUAGUGAAUUUAUGGAUACUUUUAUUAUGGUUUUGAAAAAGAAUAAUCAUCAAAUCUCUUUCUUACAUGUUUAUCAUCAUUUUUCUAUCUUUAUGAUAUGGUGGUUUGUAACUUUUGUCGCUCCAAAUGGAGAAUCUUAUUUUAGUGCUGCUUUAAAUUCACUCGUACAUGUUAUUAUGUAUGGCUAUUACCUUAGUACGACAUUGUCAUUCCCAAUUCGUUUCUUAAAACGUUAUAUUACACAAUUUCAAAUGACUCAAUUUAUUAUGAUGAUGGUUCAAGCUACUUAUGAUAUUAUUCACUUUAAAGUAUUACGCCCUGAAGAAAAAAAUACUUAUCCAUUCUCAUUAACUGCUUUACUUUGGGUUUAUAUGGUAACUAUGUUAGCUUUAUUCGCUAAUUUCUAUAGAGCUGAUAGGAAAAGAGAAAAAGUUGCUAAAUCAGUUGGUGAUAAAAAAUCUUUAUAAGAGUUAAAGAUUCAUUCUAUUAUAUUAGAAAGAGAUCAGAUGAGUAGGUGAUUUUUUUUUUUGCAGUUAAUAUUAGAUAAUAAUGAUUGAUAAAAAUAAU